CGCAUGUCGCAGUCCUGGGAGGACCUCUCCUUGGCUGAAAACUUGGAAGGGAGUAAGUCAGGUCGAAAGUCCCUAACGGACCCGCUGCACCUGAACAUUGGGUCGUCCGGGUGGUCCAGCGGGGGCGGGAGCGGGCAGAGUUCUCCCUCGCAGCGCAUGCCGCCUGCAGCGGCUGCGAUCGGGGUGGGCCAGCGGCCACUGUCGUACAGCCCCGCCCCUUAUUACCCGAUCCGGUCGAUCAACUUCUCUCCGAGCUCCUCGCCAUCUCCCACGCGGAAGUCCUUCACGCCGGGGCGAAGCCUGAGUCCGAUAUCCCUGCGCCCGAGUCAGUUCCCAUCGAGCGGGGUGAAGCGGAAGUCGGAGGCGGAGUCCCCGUUGGGGCUGGGGGCGACGCCUCCGAAACGAGUUCUCGCUGGGGGUCUUCUCAUCCCACAGUCCCAUCAUACCCUUCUCAAUAGCUUGAGUUCGAGCAGCACCCUGAGCCCCGCAGGUCAGUCGGUGAGCUCGGAAUCCACAUCUAGUCUGGACUCGCCCUCGCCGGGCUGCGCCUUCCGACCCGUCUCCGCCGAGUCGGCAGACGUUCACAUGGCCGACUCGGGCGACUCGGCGGUCCACAUGGCGGACUCGGGCGAUUCCACGGGCACCGCCGAUCCGUGCUUCCAAGUGAUGGACUCCCAGUCCCAAUCUCCUCAAAGCAGUGAUGUCAGACUCUGAUUUACCCAGCAGAGCUUUUAUUUUUCUUUCUCUCUCUCUCUUCUCCGUUUCCUCAGCUCUGGUUCUGUUUGUUCACAUCCCGGGAGACACGGUGUUACGUUACUGGUACUUUAUUUGAAGCCCUUGUUAUUUUCUGUGAAACAUGGCCUGUGGUCUUGGCAAUUGAGGUCAUGGUUUAUGUUCUGAAAGCAGUAUUCAGAAAAGAAUCCUUCUACAUCAACAACUAUUGGAUUUUUUUUUCUCCUGUU